AUGCAUACAACUACCAAUGCUUUCAUCUUCAACCAAGCAGCUAUUGAUUUCCUGGGCUCGACAUUUCUUCUGCUGAGCAGCAACAUCCCUACGCCGUCUCCUCUCUCGGACAGCCUAGCUGGAGGCUUCCUCUGCCGUCUUUGGCUCUCGGACUUCUUCCUCUGGUCCUUCUUCACAGCCUCCACACUGAACCUGGUCUCUCUGACGUUCGAGAGGUACGUGGCCAUCGUGUUCCCCUUCAAGCACGGCACCAUCUACGGCACGGUCCCCGUCCGAAUUUUGAUCGCCGGCGCUUGGAUCAUCGGCACUGCCAGUAGCUUCUAUGAUAUCGCUUUCUACGAUGUAGUGGAUGGCAAAUGUCAGCCUAUAAGCGUCCCGGGCUCUCAGGCACUAGGAGUCAUGAUAUUUCUGUUUCAGUACUUCAUCCCAGUCUGUGCUAUGCUGACUGCUUAUAUUCAUAUCAUCGUGGUACUCAAGCAGAAUGCCUCCCGUGUUGGUCCAGCCCCAGUUAGUUCCCUCACUAUGGGCAACCCUCCUGUGGAAGCAGCAGAUGCGUCCCUAUUGCGAGCCCGACGAAACACCUUCAAGACACUGCUCAUUGUAUUCAUCACUUACGUCUUCUGCUGGACUCUCAAUUCGAUAAUAUUCUUCAUGUUCAACUUUGGCUAUCCGCUGGACUUCAAAAGCGCGUUGUACAUUGUCUCACUUGCCUUGGUAGCCCUAAAUUCCUGCGCGAAUCCGAUCAUUUACGCGGUAAAAUACCGACAGUUCCGCCGCGGACUCCGCCAGUUUUUGGGCCUUCCAGUGGGCAGCGAGGAUGAUAGCAGAACGACCAACACUUGA